UGAUGCUUAUUAUGGCUUCAUCUGCUUAUUUUGCCUCUUACAAAUCCACAUCAGUUGUAGAAAGUGUUGGUACUAGUGGCUUAUUUGAUCACAGAAUCUUUUUUUCUGGCUGUAAUGUGUCCUUAGCUCGGCUCAGCAGGAGUUGUAGUUAUCCGCAACGACCAACUAAAGUCUCAUUUAUUUCAUCUGGUUUCAAAGCUAAAGUGGCCAAUGUGAAAAAAACAAGUCCUGAAGCAAUACAAACUUAUAAGGAAAUUCCUGUUGUUAUUGUGACCGGAGCCUCUAGAGGUAUCGGCAAGGCGGUUGCUCUAGCUUUUGGCAAAGCUGGUUGUAAGGUUCUGGUUAAUUAUGUAAGGUCAUCUAAAGAGGCAGAAGAAGUUUGUAAAGAGAUUGAGGCACUUGGUGGCAAGGCACUUACAUUUAGAGGAGAUGUUUCAAAAGAAGCAGACGCUGCAGCUAUGAUCAAAACAGCAGUUGAUUCAUGGGGGACUGUUGAUAUAUUAGUCAACAAUGCUGGGACUACGAGGGAUGGUUUGUUGAUGAGGAUGAAGCCGUCUCAGUGGCAGGAGGUUAUUGAUUUGAAUCUCACUGGUGUAUUCCUAUGUACACAAGCAGCUACCAAAAUUAUGAUGCAGAAGAGAAAGGGAAGAAUAAUCAAUAUAACAUCGGUUGUUGGAAUAACUGGAAACGUUGGGCAAGCCAAUUACAGUGCAGCAAAAGCUGGAGUGAUAGGAUUCACUAAAAGUGUGGCAAAAGAAUACUCGAGCAGAGGCAUAAAUGUGAAUGCUGUUGCACCUGGAUUCAUCAUCUCUGAUUUGACUGUUAGCCUUGAUGAACAAUACCAGAAAAAAAUCUUGGAAUAUAUCCCAUUGGGAAGGCUUGGCCAACCCGAAGAUGUAGCUGGCCUGGUUGAAUUCUUGGCUCUCAGUCCCGCUGCUGGUUACAUAACAGGACAGGUGCUUACUAUCGACGGGGGAUUGGCUAUUGUGGUCGUGGUCGUGGCAGCUACUGGAGAAGGUCGUGCUUUGGCGGACAAGUCGUUGGAGACAUUGAGACGGAGACGGAAUCUUUUAGCUAAUGGCCUUGCUGAUACUCCUCCCAUGGGGUGGAAUAGUUGGAAUCACUUCAGCUGCAACAUCAAUGAAAGUAUGAUCAGAGAAACUGCUGAUGCUCUUGUUUCAACUGGUCUGGCUAAGCUUGGAUACAAGUAUGUAAAUAUAGAUGACUGUUGGGCUGAAUUAACUCGUGAUCAAAAGGGUAACCUUGUUCCUAAGAAAUCGACGUUUCCUUCUGGCAUCAAAGCUCUUGCUGACUAUGUCCAUGGCAAGGGUCUUAAGCUUGGUAUAUAUAGUGAUUCAGGUACCAUGACUUGUAGCAAGACCAUGCCAGGUUCACUUGGUUACGAGGAGCAAGAUGCCAAAACAUUUGCUUCUUGGGGAAUAGACUACCUAAAGUAUGAUAACUGUAACAACAAAGAGAUAAAACCAACUAUUCGAUACCCGAUAAUGACUAAAGCUAUCAUGAACGCUGGCCGUCCUAUCUUCUUGUCACUAUGUGAAUGGGGAGACAUGCAUCCUGCUCUAUGGGGUUCUAAAGUAGGAAAUAGUUGGAGAACUACAAAUGACAUUAAAGAUACAUGGGAUAGCAUGAUGCAUAUAGCAGAUAUGAACGAGUAUUAUGCAGAUUAUGCAAGACCUGGUGGUUGGAAUGAUCCAGACAUGCUCGAGGUUGGGAAUGGAGGGAUGACAAAAGAUGAAUACAUUGUUCAUUUUAGCAUAUGGGCUAUUUCCAAAGCUCCCCUUCUUAUCGGCUGUGAUGUUAGAGAUGUCCCAAAAGAGACUCUCGAUAUCCUAGGAAACAGUGAGGUCAUUGCUGUCAACCAAGAUAGACUAGGCGUUCAGGCCAAAAAAGUUAGAAUGGAAGGUGAUCUCGAGAUUUGGGCAGGGCCACUUUCCAGAUACAGAGUAGUUGUGCUCCUAGUGAACCGUGGUCCUGUAACUGCGCCGAUCACAGCCCACUGGGAUGACAUAGGACUUCCUCAGAAUACCAUCGUGGUUGCCAGAGAUCUUUGGCUUCACAACGACCUAAAGGAAAGACCUGUUGGGAACCUGACUGUUAUGGUUGACUCUCACACCUGCAAAAUGUUCAUUUUGAAUCCGGCAUCUUAACAAAUCCUGUUUCUUUUGAAAGAUGCAUCUUAGCAAGUCCAAACUCCAAAGUAUAUAUAUGUGUACUAUUACAUUCAUUGGUUAAAUGAGUUGCUACUCUUAUAGUAUGACUAGUUGGAACUUAUCGUGAUAACUUUAACUUUACUUUUAUUUGAGAACGGAAUCCUUAGUGAUAUCAUGGAGUUUUAAGAUCAAGGAAAUGUGUAUGUACACACACUGACACGCACAUUUUGGCAACUCGUUGUUCAUCGAUGAACAACAAAACGUCGUCUUUUGAUAAAGUAUUUGAUUUUUACUA